UGUAUUUCUAGCUGUAUUCACUUAGCAAACAUAUUCCCUGGUACUUUUCCAAGUAUUGAUACAUCUCACAUCUUGCCAAUUCGCUCUGACACUUUUGAAAAGCCACCGUACUUUUUCACCAAUUAUUAUUUUAUUUGGUCGAUUUUACACCUUGCUCUAAUUUCAUUACCGUGGUCUGCAACGCCCAGCCCUGCGACUGCUAUAUAUACCGCAGAGAGCAGCCGUGGUCAAACGGGUUUCUAGGAUUUUUUCCUCUCGCCAAGUUUUUAUUUUCUCGUUAUCGAUUGUUUUUCACCUUCUUCCCCUUGCUCAAAUCCAUUCUAUUUUUGUUUCCGCCUUCAGGUUUCCUUCUCACUCCGGCAUCAUAUUUCUCAGUAAUUCACUCCCACCUCUCUUUUAUAUCACCGACAGCCUUCGAGGGACACCCCCCAUUGCCACUUUUGUUCAAUCAGCUAUAUACACCAUAUAUACAUACAUACAUGGGUAGCAUGGCUCUAUAUUCAAAACAAGACCUUAAAGACUCGCAGGAGCUCUAUAAUAACUGCGGGUUUAUUUCGAAGAAGACCCGCUCCAUCUACGCGUGGCGCGCGGCACUCUGGGUUCGCUACUGCAAGCAGCGCAACCAGGACUAUGCCGUGACCGAAGAGCGGCUGAUUCAGUAUCUGGACUGGUUGUUUGAGAUCGACUUGGUCAACAAGAUCAAUACAAAGAAGAGCUAUGUGCCAGACAUUCUGCGUGACCAUCUGGGCAGCGUGGUGUGUCUGUGGCGGAUCCAGACAGGCAACGAUCCUGAUCUCGUAUCGCCAAAGGAGGGUACGCGGUUUCAGGCCAAGUGGGACGAGAUCCUGCGCAGCUACCCGCGCCGCCACGAGCGAUUCCAGUCGCGCUCAUAUUUGCUGGACGGUCGGGGUGGAGACUCGAACGCCGGGACGCCGGGCGUGAGCCUGGCAAUGUCUCCACAUCAGGCGUCUGUGCCACCACAUACUGACGCACCCGACUACAGAUACCAGCAGCACGGCAGCUAUCAGUACAAGCGAUAUCCCACGUACGAAAGCAGCCAGUCGCGGGCGCCGCUACCGCUGCCGCAGACAUCGCAGCAGCAGCAGCAGCAGCAGCAGCAGCAAUUGUCACCGAGCCCCCCUCACCUUGGCGCUGGACGAGCGCUGCAGUGGCUUCACAGCGGGACGUGGUCGGCGCUGACUGCGCGCGCACUCUUCACUGUUGCCAUCUCGACAUGGGUAGAUGUGGUUGAGCCCCAAAGGCGCGCGCACGCCCAGACAUGGCCAGCCGCCAGUCAACAAGCCCCCCGGGGCUCGCUAUCAGGUAACGUCAUUCGCGCCCGCAACCCCCUGAUCUGUGCGUGGAAUGCGCUGGCAGCGCUCCUGUUCCACCGGUGGCACAUUGCUGGAUCGCCGCCGCCGACGUUUGCGGACUCGAUGUGGCACGGCACUCUGGUGAUUGCCCCGCGAUCGCGUACACCGUCGCCGUCAAGUGAUAGGCGUAACAGCGUUCUGUCCGAUGUGACGAUGGAGCCGUCGGUGGCGGGAUUUGCAACGAUCGGCGAGAGGCUCGAUUUCGUGCACAGCCUGCUGCCCGACGAGCGCCUGCCCAUGGAAAGGGUGGUCAGACAGCGCGGCCUCCAGUGUGCUCGGGAGUCGAGCUUCCACGGAUCGGGCGCGGGGCCAGCGCUCAUGCAGCGCAAUGACGCGCGCUUUGGUCGGCCCAGCUCUGCAUAUGGAGGAGCGGGCGACGGAUGCCUGGCGCCACUGGUCGAGGGCGAGGCUGCCGAUCGCCUCUACGCCCUGUCGACGGCCAACAGCGGGUACUACGAGCCACACCACACCAUUCAGCGGCACAAGGUUAUUCCGCCCGAGUCACUGCAGCAGACGAUCUUUCCUUGGGUCUCAACGAUGCAGAGUACGGUGCCGGCGAACACGGCUGUUGACGAGCGGCGCAACAUCAGCCGUUUUCUAGACUUCCUCCACGAUCUGCGGAUUGUCUUGUUGCAGGACAUGGCAGUUCUCAAAUGCUGUGCUGCGCAGCUGCCGCGCGGAAUGGAGAUGUCGAGCAUCGUGGGCAAUCCUAUAUUCUGCAGCCCCGAGUUCAACGCGUUCUGUGCGACCAUGAAGGUGGAGGCGGCCGACGAACUCCGGGUUCUCCAACACGAUCUUGAGGCGACGAUUAACACCAUGGCAUCGCGCCGCAGCGACAAUUACGGAAAGCAGCUGGGGGACGGUGGAAUCAUGUUGCCGUCAAUCAGCAAGCUACAUGUGCACGACGAUGCAAUGGCGGGCGGGUCGCCCCAUGGAUCAUACUCUCCCACGACCUCGCCCUCGCCGCCCGUGAACCAGCGCGACAUGGCACGCAAUUCGAUCUCGUACGUGGACAGCCCGCGCAUGUCGGACACCGGAUAUGUACAGAGCUCAUUCCGCGCGCCCGCUGGCAGGAUGGACGACAUGGGCGUGUCCCACAGCAUGCCCAGUCGCGUGAUGGAGCACUGGGGCAACAGCAGCAAUGGCAACAGCAGUUUGAUGCCCAAGCGGCGGCGGGACUAUGGCGGCGGCCCUGUGGUUCUGACACCGCCCUCGAUGGCAGCUGCCAAUCCCAAUAGUCCGCGCGGCGGGUUCUCGUCUCCGCCUGGGCAGGCUGCCACCCUGCAUCACUCGCACCAUCACCCAUAUCACCCGUCGCAGCGGACUCCGCGGUCGCCGCAGGUAGGUGGCAAUGGCAGCGCUGCCCGUCCCAAUCUGUCCGGAAAUCCGUUGCCACCAAUUUCGCAGUUUGUGCAGCCGGGCUCGACACCGAUGCUAUCGCCGCCAGCGACCAGCGGAAUGCUGUUGUCGCACGUCCCCCAGUCGCAGCAUCAGCAUCAGCAAGAGCCUUCUCCCAACUCGCGCUAUGCUGAUGGACCGGCUGCGGCAAACGAGGGUGUGCACCAUGUUGACACCAACCAGAUAUGCUAUCUGCGCGAGGAGAAUGCACAGCUGCGCUCGCGUCUUCAGCGUCUGGAGCAAACGGUCAUGCAAAAGCAGGCCGAGAUGCAGGACUGGAUGAACCGCGUCGAGCAGUAUAUCAUGCGCCCCAACGAGCCCCGCACGGCAUAACUCUGAGCAAAACCAAUUCGUUCGCUUUUUUCAACUGAUGAGAAUAAGUUAGUAUUCAAACAAGUAAAUGGGUUGGAAGAUGG